AUGAGCGCCAACAUAACCAAGGUCCCUUUCAAGGACUGCAACGCGGACAUAUGUCCCUACGAAAGAUCCUAUUAUCCCUACCGGAUCGACCUCGCGCCUAACGCCGUCUUCCUUGCCAUGUUUUCGAUCUCACUUCUUGGUUUCCUCGUUACAUUCGCUGUUACACGACGUGGUGCUACCUUUACCAUCGCCAUGGUCCUCGGUCUGAUCUGUGAGAUCCUGGGCUACGCCGGCCGCGUCAUGAGCUGGGAGAACCAAUGGUCCGAAAACGGCUUCCUCAUGCAAAUCUGCUGCCUUACCAUCGCCCCGGCUUUUCUCGCCGCCGGUCUCUACCUAUGUAUUCGCAGAAUCGUGUUCGCCUUCGGUCCUGAGAACUCCCGUAUCCCUCCUAAGUACUACACACGAAUCUUCAUCCCCUGCGACGUAAUAUCCCUCCUCCUCCAAGCCGCCGGUGGCGCCAUCGCCUCCAUCGCCUUCCACAACAGCAAAUCCAGCGACAACGGGGACCACAUCAUGAUCGCAGGUCUAGCCUUCCAAGUAAUAACCCUCUUCGUAUUCAUAAUCCUCUCCCUCGAUUUCUUCAUCAACGUCCUCCACCGCAGGCGCGCCCUAGGUUCCUCCGCCCUAUCCCAAGAUCCAACCCUCAUCGCUCUCCGCGGGAGUUGGAUGUUCCGCCUCUUCCUAAUCGCCUUGGCGUUAAGCACACUAUGCAUAUUCUGGCGAAGCGUAUUCCGCGUCGCCGAACUAGCGAAGGGGUUCGGCGGCCCGCUUAUGGCGCGCCAGGACCUGUUUGUUGGAUUCGAGGGGGUUAUGAUUACGGUUUCGGUUUUCGUGUUGAAUAUCUUUCACCCCGCGUUAUGUUUUGGUGAUUUGAUGGAUCGCAAGUUUGAUGCUGAUGAGGGGAAGAGGGAGGUGCAGCAGGAUCAGUUUGAGAUGUUGCCUGAGACUAAGCCUAGUACUGCUACUAGUAUGAGCGAUGCUGCCCGACGGGUUUAA